GUCAGACUCUGUUGGAAUGACAAUGGAAUGCCUUCCUCUGGAAUGCCUUCCUCUGUUCCAUGGCCAUCUCUGCAACUCGAACAACAUCGUUCCCAUUAAUCUAAUUAAAAAUGCGAAUGGGCAGAUCGGCUGUUAUUGUGACUGUUUGGGAUAGGGUCACCUCAUGUGGCAUUCUGAUGGUGUUCCAUCCCAGGUUGGUCGUAAGCAUGCCGUCAGGGGAGCGCAAUGUUGUGCCCACGCUAUCCAGGGUAAAGUUUACUGUACGUCCUGCGCGACCGACUGACAUUUGCCUGGCCGUUCGUUGCCAAAAUGAAGCUCUCUUGGCUGACCUCGGCGCUGGACGUAACAGCCGGUCACUGAACAGAGCGAGCCUGCUUAUGUGCGGCAAGACGCGUAUAGCCAGCCAGACAAGAGACCUCGGACGCAGCUCCCACCCCGGCAAUGGCCUGGAUCAAGUUCGCUCCGUUAAAUAUCCCUCUCAACCGGCGCUUACAGACGGCCGCGGUAGUCCAGUGGGUCUUCUCGUUCCUCUUCCUGGCGCAGUGUGGGCUGCUGCUGUAUGUGUGGUUAGCGCUGGAGUGUUGGCAGGGGGCAGUGCUCUAUGCCAUCUGGCUCUACCUGGACUGGGAGACGCCGCAAGCGGGCGGCCGCCGGUCGCCAUGGGUACGCAGCUGGCCCCUCUGGAGACACUUCCGAGACUACUUCCCCAUACACCGGAGUCUUUGGAGGCGCGGCCAGGAAGCCUUAUUCUGGAGGUCCUCAACAGGAAAGGGUUCAUCCGCAUCGCACUCAAGUGUGGUGCUCACCUGGUUCCGGUGUUCUCCUUUGGGGAGAACGAGCUGUUUGAACAGCUGCAGAACCCUCACGGUUCUGUGGUGCGGCGGAUCCAGGAGGGACUGAGGAGGACGCUGGGCUUCAGCCUGCCACUGUUCCACGGCAGGGGAGUCUUCCAGUACUCCUACGGCAUCAUACCCUACAGGAGAGCCAUCUACACCGUAGUGGGCAGGCCGAUCCCGGUGCAGAUGAGUGUGUGGGCCUCUGCUGAGGAGGUGGACCAGCUGCAUGGCCGCUACUUGGAGGCUCUUAGCCAGCUGUUCGAGGAGCACAAGACCCAGUACGGCAUCCAGCAACACAGACAUCUCAUCUUCACCUGACACACACACACACACGCAUGCACGCACACACGCACGCACGCACACACACACACACUCAUACACACACACACACACACAAAGUGAUUCACACUGAAUUGUUGAGUGCUGUGUUUGAUAUCCAAAUGUCUC